UAAUCCCAGAUUGAACACAUUUGUGGGUUGGUGCUUAUUUAUAUUUGGGCUUAAAUUUUUUCAUUCAAAUUAUUUACUAAAUGGAUAAAGUUCUAAAGGGCUGGUUCAGUGAAAUCCAAAAUGAAUUAUGGCCCGGUCAAUCAUUUUCUUUAAAAGUGCAAGAUGUUCUUCACAAAGAAAAGUCGAAAUUCCAAGAUAUUCAAAUAAUUGAGACAGAAACAUAUGGAAGGUGCUUAAUACUGGACGGAAUCAUUCAAUGUACUUCUAGGGAUGAGUUUUCCUACCAGGAAAUGAUAUCUUUUUUGCCGCUAUGCUGUCAUCCAAACCCACAGAAAGUUUUAAUUGUUGGCGGUGGUGAUGGCGGUGUAGCACGCGAAGUUGUAAAGCAUCCGCUGGUUAAAGAAGUUCACCAAGUCGAAAUUGACGAUCGUGUUGUUCAACUUUCGAAAAAGUACCUACCUUCUAUGGCAUGUGGAUUCGAUAGCAAAAAGUUAAGGCUUACUAUCGGCGAUGGUUUUGAGUAUAUGAAAAAUCACAGAAACGAAUUUGAUGUCAUUAUAACUGAUAGCUCGGAUCCAAUUGGUCCUGCCGUUAACUUGUUUCAUGAAAGCUACUUUGAUUUACUAAAACAAGCACUGAGAGAUGGAGGUGUUGUAUGCUCUCAAGCGGGAAGUUUUUGGUUGGACUUUGAAUACGUAAAGAAAACGUUGAAAGGAUGUGCCUUGCAUUUUCCAAAAGUAGGAUAUGCCAUAACUUCUGUUCCAUCUUAUCCAUGUGGUCACAUAGGAUUUAUAGUUGCAUCCUUGGAUAUAAAACAUAGGCUAGAAAACCCAGUGAAAAAGUUUGAGAAAUCCGAAAUAGAUGCAUUAAAUUUGAAGUACUACACAAGUGAAAUCCAUGCUGCUGCUUUCACUUUACCUCGUUGGGUUGAAAAGCACUUUUACGAAUAAAGCUGCUUAGACAUUUAAAGCAUUUCUGUACUCUGUAAACAAAAUUUAAUGUAAUUAUUACAUUCACAAUAAAAUACUUUAAAAUAAAUAAACAAGUAAGA